UCCAAUGCCCUGGCUAAGCCGCCGCUCCGCCCGGGAGUCGGACCAGCGCCCCAGCGCGGAUCCUGAGCGCGGUCGGAAAGACGUUAGCGCCCCGGGGCCACGACCCGGCUUGCUGGAAGGAAACUUGGGGACAUCUGUAAGGAGAGGAAUAGGAAGGACCCGAGGAGAUGCAGUAAAGGAGGUAGAAGCAACUCGCGCUGUUUUGGAAGAGUUUCUAGAAGGGUGUGUUAAAUUCAGCAGAGUAUCAAGAAAGAUCAAGACCAAAAAUUAUAGUUGGAUUUAGGAAGGAAGAGAUUCAUCAUUAGGAGAAAAAGGAAAUAAAUGUGGACUAUUAUUCAGAAAUUUAAAAAAGAAUAAAUUGGAUUCCUGUGUCUACCUAGAAGGAUCAACUGCUACAGAGCUGCCUUCUCUCCAUAAACAAAGAGAAGAUUGCACGAAAUAUAUGAAAUAAUUGUUUUCAGAUCUUGCGCAAGAAGCAGCAAGCACAGGUCUGUGAACUUUGAGAGACAGUAAAUAAAGGAGAUGAGCCUUGCAAUUGCCCCAGCCUAGUGCCUGGAAGUGAUUUUCAGACUGUUGCACAGUGGGGUUCCCCAAACCAAGAUUAGUCUUGCUAGGUUGUAAAGAAAGAGCGGAGUACAAAGGAGGCCAGAGUGUCAGGAAGCUGCAGGUUGGUGUCCUGGCAAAGAAGAUUCCACAGAGAGAGAACUCUGGAGAUCUCAGUAGGAGUCCGUGUGAGUGUUUAGCUGAGUUUGGCCAGGAUAAGAGUCACCCACAAACAGCAGGCCAAACACUUCCUGGAGCUCCCAAAAGGGCCAGGAGUUGUGGAAAAUUCCACAGAUUUGAAAGACUGAACACAAUAGGCAUCAGAGAGAGUGCCCAGUGGGCAUGAGAAGGGUCAUAGCUCAGUAAUGGGGAUAAUUAUCCUCAGAGUAAAAGCUGCUCUUUGCUCACUUAACAGAUACCAAAACAAGCCUCGAAAGAAUCAAACUGAUCCAAACAUCCUUGAAAAACAACAACAACAAAAAAAUCCCACACUACUGAAAGGAAUAUAACCAAGUCCAGUAGACAGCCUUGUAAAAUUCACCAUAUGAACAUCAAACCAAACGUACCAGGCAUUCAAAGAAAUAGGAAAAUAUAAUCCAUAACAAAAAGAAAAAUCAACCAUCAGACAUCUCCAGAAAUGACAGAGAUGAUAAAUUUGCAGAUGGAUCCUUAAAAUGUUUAUCAUCAAUCUUACAAAAAUGCUCAAGGAUACAAAGGGAAGCAUGAACUUGAUGUGGAAAAAAAAAAAGAAAAUGAAAGAAUUUUUUAAAAGACAAAUUGAGCUUGAAGAGAUGAGAAAUAAAACAUCAAAUGAAAAAUGCACUGUAUGGGAUUCAUAGAAGAUUAGACACCGUUAGGGAAAGACGAGUGAACUUGAAAAGGAAAACAAUGGAAACUAUCCAAAAUGAAACAGAGAGGGCGCCUGGACUCAGGAAUGAACAGAACCACCAGCAAGCUUUGGGACACAUUCACAUUGGUUACUGGACUCACAUGUAAUGGAGGUCACAGAGGGGAACUGGGAGGCAGAAAAAUAUUUGAAGAAAUAUUAGCCAAGUAUUUUCCCAAUUUGAGGAAAACCAUAAACCCCAGUUCUAAGAUGCUCCCUGAACCCCAAAUAGAAGAAAUGUGCAGAAAAUUACAUAGUCACAGCAAAGUAAAAUUGCUGAGAAUAGUGAUAAAAGGUUUUUUUAACAGGCACUUACCAUAAGAUUCAAAUACCCCUGCUGGGAUUUACCCUAGAGAAACUAAAAAUUAACGUUCACAAAGGAAACUACCCACAGAUUUAUAAUAAUCCAAACUCUGCUCAUAAUAACCCAAACUGGAAACAACCCAAAUGUUCUCUGAAAGGUAAAUUGAUAAACUGUGCUGUCCAUGUAGUGGGCCAUGUGUUCAUCCAAUAAAACAGGACAAGCUAUUGGACAACAUGGAUGAAUCUUCAAAGUUUAUGUUAAGCGAAAGAAGCCAGUGAAUGAGCCUGUCACUCUCUUUAUGUGAAGUUCUGGAAAAUGCAAAAGCAGAUAAAUGGUUUCCAGGGGGCAAGGAGUCCAAGGGAGGAGACUUAUUGCAACGGAGCACAGGGAACUUUUUGAGAUAAUUGAGAUUUCUUCUCUCCUGAUGGUGGUGGUAGUUACGAGAUUGACACAUUUUUCAAAACUCAUCAACUGCCCGCUAAAAGGGAGUGGAUUUUAUCAUAUGUGAUUUAUACCUCAAUAAAACUUCUUAUUAAAAAAAGGAAUGUGUUUAAAUUUUUUUUAUCCAUGGACCCAGGAGGAUGUCCAUGAUGUAUUGUUAACAGAAGAAAAGCGAGGUUCUUAGUAGUGUGAGUAAUCUGAUCACCUUUAGUAAAGCAACACUGGAAAGAAAUCCUCUAUAUCCCUCUAUAUGUGUACUGAUGUUUGCAGGUUCAUGGAGGAUCCUUUGGUAGAAGGGUACACACCAGGCUUGAGUACAUCAUGAGGGUGGGAAUUGAGAGGGAAAAGAGGAGAGAUUGUUAAAUUUUUCUUAUAUGUCUGCAGGUGGUUUCAUGUUUUACCAUGAGCACCUAUUUUCAUCAUUCAAAAAUGUAAAGCAAAUAAAGGGCAUAUCAAAAUAAGACAGGGGCGUGUGUCUGUAGAAAGAAUUCUGGUGGAGAGAAGGGUCCAUUGUGACAGUGCACGGAGGUCAAAGGGAUGAAGAUGAGGUCAUUAGACUUGACCAAAAAGAGGUCUUUGGUAACCUCUGAGAGCAUCUAAGUAGUGGUGUGGGACCAGAAGUUGGAAUGUGAUAUAUGGAAGAAAGGGCCGUGUGGAUCCUUUGGAACCAAGGACUGGAACUGACAUGCAAGACCUCCAACUGAGGGUUUCAUGAGCACACUCCUUUGCCAAGAUCUUGGUGAAUAGUCUUUAACUGCGCAGUUGUGUCUUAGACAUUGUUUUACUUGUUAUCAUGAUUGUACUUGGCUGGAUGCUUUUUGUUGGACUUGCAUGUUACAUGGGCACAUUUCCGGAGUUCAUGCCUCCAACCCUGAAGUGGAAAGAGAAGUGGUCUGUUCAGGAGGACAAGACACGACUGAGGAGCCAGACCUUGGAAGACCCGCAGCUCUGAGAACCAUGUGGAAGGGGUAUAAGUAUCCCCCAGGAGGGACUCCGGUGGAAAUGAGCAAAGAUGAUCCUGGCGAAGUAAUGCAGCUCUGAAGCUCACCUGGCCGGCUACACAGCUCCUGUUGUUGGUUUUGCAUAAAGUAAUUGCACAUUAUUUUGUCACAUUUUAUGUAAAAAGUUACCGUACUUUUUAAGAUGAAGACUUGGUAUUCUGUUAGCUCGAAACAGGGGGAUGCAGGGUGGGGAGGUAGUUAGAUGAAAUGUGAUUGGGUCCCUUGUUUUAAGACUGGAAGUAAGACUAAAAUACCUCAUUCAAUUUGCCCCCUCUUCUGUAUCCUUAAGGAUAGAAAUUCUCCAAAGCUCCUUAGACCCAGUUCCCAAGUAUAGGCUAUCUCCUGCGUCCAGGUUCAGGGUUGAAAAAAACGUUACAGAAAAUGCUGUUGGGGUAACUUCAAGCCUAUCCUUUGGGGAUAAGUCUCUGUGGCCUUUUCACAGCUAUUACACAGAACUUAAGGCUUACACUGUAUGGGGAAAGGACUGCAUUUUUGUACAUUAUUUUUACCCUUGCAAUAACCUGGGUUGGGCCCUGGCCUCCUUUAACAAAAUGGCAAAAAUGAAGUUGAGAGGUUCAAGGAUCUUACCAGCCCCACAGCGCUGGAUUGCAGAAUCAAGAUUAAGAUCCAGACCUUCUCCUUGGUUUUUAUGUGCCAAGGAAAAGACCCAAACAAGAGCCUGGAAUAUCCAAGAUCUUGGCUGUCUCUUGGCUCAAAUGCCUCCCUCACCUGAAUAGCCAAGAAGGUGCCUGAUGAUUCUUUGAGCAGUGAUUGCUGCUAAUAGAAACACAUAGGAACAAAACAUAGAAGCGCAUAGAAUAAAAGCCAACUAACUGCUCAGUCCUCGGUAGGAUGAAGUUUGAGUUUGAGACCAAGGAUGGAAACCUAAGUAUAAGACCCAUGCUAUUAUUCUGGACGCUUGAGCCCUAAUUCUUCGUAAGCCCUCUAGAGGUGGUUUGGGAUUUUCUAACCUUGAGGGGAGUUGGGGGGUGGGGCGGGGGAAGAACCUGAGAGCAAGUACUUUUGAAGCAAACUGUAUGGAACUUUUCCCAUCCUGUGGCUACGUGGGGUGAUUGAUAGUUCCAGUGUUCAAAAGGGCAAUGUUACCACCAAAGUAGAUCUUUUGGUUAUGCAGGUAACAUUUUGUCGAUGACUAUUUGGUUUGUUUGCUAAACUCUCUUUAAGUGGAACUGGGCACUGAAUGGAUUGCCCUUAUUUUUUAUGUUAAGAAAAUAGAACUCAAAAGCCAUAAGCAACACUGUGUAAUCCUGACUCUAGGAUAUUGCCAUCUCUUAUACCUCUUAUGUGACCAAGACUGUAUCUCAUCCAGUUAAGUGCCUGCAUUCUCUGGCUGCACAGCUGUGCCCAUUUGCCUCCUACAUAUCCCAAACGACUCAUCUCAAGUUAUUUCAGGCUCUAUUAUAAAGGGAUCAGAACCUGCUCAUUUUCUUGACAAGAACUAUAUACCCAGUUCUUCUUCCUUCCAGUUUCCUGAGUAUACCUCCAAACAAUUCUCCUAACCUGGGUAUCUGGUAGCAGACCAGCUCUUAAGCUGGUGGGGGUGGGAGAGGUGUCAGUUAUGAGCGGACACGAAUGUGUCAGGGGGAAAGAACAGUUGUGUGUGUAUACGGAGGCAAAUCCCACCUUAAGUCUGAUGAGCCUACUGGGGGUUCUAGCUGAGAAAAUGUUCAGGGCGAUGGGAGAAGUAAUAUCUGAGUUUUGGUAAAUAAAGGCAAACCAGUGAAAAUAUCAAUAAAAUAUUUUUAAUGCCUACAAUUUCUUUUAUACAUAAAUUGCAAAACUUUCACCUGUAUAUGCAAAAGUAGAUUCUCUUGCAGGUCAACAGCACCAGAAAACAAGCUAAGCUAGGUAAAUGUUUUCUUUUUUAAAACUUGAUUUGUCCAUUAUGUAGAAAGACAUGAUGGAUUUAAUAACUCCAAAGAAAUCUAUAUCUCACUCUUAAGCAUACACUGAACACCUGAAUAUUUAUUUUAUCACAUCCACUCACAAAAUAAAUAGUAGUCUAAUAUAUUCAGCACAUUGAAAAUAAACCAACCAGUCUCUCUUCAUAUAUUUAUUCUCUUUCCAAACAUGUUUUGGUCUCGUGCUAUAUCUCAGAAAUGUACUAAUAGCUGCUUUUAAGUUACAAAAUACAAAACAGUAAUUUCUUGGAGAGAAUCUUGGGGUAACAUUAAAAAAAUGAAA